GUGAGUGCCGUAGCUCUGGACAGAGGUAGCUCGCUCGCAGAGGUGCUGGGACGACAGAGGUGGCCCUGUCCCGCGCCUGGUGGCCCCGCCGGACCAUGGCAUGGGCACAGGGGGGUCUGACAUCCUCGCUCUCCAUCGUCAUCACGUUGGCUGCCUGCCUCUCUGCCACCACCAGCGAAGUGAACUUGCUAGACACGUCAACAAUCCCGGGGGACUGGGGCUGGAUGACUUAUCCCUCACAUGGGUGGGAUUCGAUCAAUGAGAUGGAUGAGUUUUUCAGCCCCAUCCACACCUACCAGGUCUGUAAUGUCAUGACCCCCAACCAGAACAACUGGCUACGGACCAACUGGGUUCAGCGGGACGGCGCGCGGCGGGUCUACGCCGAGAUCAAAUUCACGCUGAGGGACUGCAACAGCAUGCCAGGUGUGCUGGGCACCUGCAAGGAGACCUUCAAUCUCUACUACAUGGAGUCCGACCGGGACCUGGGCACCAGCACCCGGGAGAGCCAGUUCAUGAAGAUCGACACGAUCGCGGCGGACGAGAGCUUCACCAACGUGGACCUGGGGGUGCGGCGCCUGAAGCUGAACACGGAGGUGCGGGGCGUGGGGCCACUGAGCAAGAGGGGGUUCUACCUGGCCUUCCAGGACAUCGGGGCGUGCAUUGCCAUCGUCUCGGUGCGGGUGUACUACAAGAAGUGCCCGGCUACAGUGAGGAACUUGGCAUCCUUCUCCGAGGCCGUGACUGGGGCGGACUCGUCCUCGUUGGUGGAAGUGCGGGGAGAGUGCGUGGGCCACUCGGAGGAGAGGGACACCCCCAAGAUGUACUGCAGCGCCGAGGGAGAGUGGUUGGUGCCCAUCGGGAAGUGCGUGUGCAGUGCUGGCUACGAAGAGCAGCGGGAUUCCUGCAUGGCCUGCCAGCUGGGAUUUUACAAGUCGGCCCCUGGGGACCAGCUGUGUGCCAAGUGCCCCUUGCACAGCCACUCGGAGAGCCGGGCAGCCCGCGUGUGCCGCUGCGACAGCAGCUUCUACCGGGCGGUGCAGGACCCGCCCUCGGCCGCCUGCACACGCCCUCCCUCUGCUCCUGUGAACCUGAUCUCCAGCGUGAACGGCACCUCGGUGACCCUGGAGUGGGGUCCCCCCCUGGACAAGGGGGGCCGUGCCGACGUGGUGUACAACGUGCUGUGCCGGCGCUGCGCGGGGGACACGGGGCCGUGCGAGGCCUGUGGCAGCGGCAUCCGCUUCGUGCCCCAGCAGAUGAGCCUGGUGCAGGGAGCACUGACUGUCACCAACCUCCUGGCACACACCAACUACUCCUUCUGGGUGGAGGCCGUGAACGGUGUCUCCGACCUCAGCCUGGAGUCCAGGAGAGCCGCAGUCGCCAACAUCACGACAAACCAGGCAGCCCCGUCGCAGGUGGUGGUGGUGCAUCAGGAGAGCACGGGCCAGAACAGUGUCACCUUGCUGUGGCAAGAGCCAGACCAGCCCAAUGGCAUCAUCCUGGAGUAUGAGAUCAAGUACUACGAGAAGGACAAGGAAAUGCAGAGCUAUUCGACUCUGAAAUCCAAGAGCACCACUGCCACCAUCUCUGGGCUCAAGCCUGCAACCCGCUACAUCUUCCAGGUUCGGGCUCGCACCUCGGCCGGCUGCGGGAGGUUCAGUCAGACUGUGGAGGUGGAAACAGGGAAGCCAGUGUCCCUCCGCUACGACACGAUGACGAUUGUCUGGAUCUGCCUGACGCUCAUCACUGGCCUCGUCGCCUUGCUGGUGGUCCUGAUCUGCAAGAAGAGGCACUGCGGGUACAGCAAGGCUUUCCAGGACUCUGAUGAGGAGAAGAUGCAUUAUCAGAAUGGGCAAGUGAAGUUCCCUGAGUCCAAGUUCUAUGUGGAUCCCCACGCCUACGAGGACCCCUGCCAGGCCGUGCAUGAGUUCACCCGGGAAAUAGAGGCCUCCCGGAUCAAGAUCGAGAAGGUCAUUGGGUCUGGGGAGUCUGGAGAGGUGUGCUAUGGCCGCCUGAAGCUGCCAGGGAAGAGGGAGAUUCCCGUGGCCAUCAAGGCACUAAAGGCAGGCUACACGGAGAAGCAGAGACGGGACUUCCUGAGCGAGGCCAGCAUCAUGGCACAGUUCGACCACCCCAACGUCAUCCACCUGGAAGGGGUGGUGACCAGGAGCAAAUUGGUAAUGAUUGUUACUGAAUACAUGGAGAACGGCUCGCUAGACACCUUCCUCAGGAAACACGACGGGCAGUUCACCAUCAUCCAGCUGGUGGGGAUGUUGCGUGGCAUCGGAGCGGGCAUGAGGUACCUGUCGGACCUGGGCUACGUGCACCGGGACCUGGCUGCCCGAAACAUCCUGGUCAACAGCAACCUGGUCUGCAAAGUGUCCGACUUUGGCCUCUCCCGCAUCCUGGAGGACGACCCCGACGCUGCCUACACCACCACGGGGGGGAAGAUCCCCAUCCGCUGGACGGCUCCGGAGGCCAUCGCGUACCGCAAGUUCUCCUCGGCCAGCGACGUGUGGAGCUACGGCAUCGUCAUGUGGGAGGUGCUGGCCUACGGCGAGCGGCCCUACUGGAACAUGACCAACCGGGACGUGAGUGGGCGCAGGGCGGCGCGGGGACCAGCCUGCCCCUCCUCCGGCCCUGCCCCAGGCCAGCCCAGCACGGGGCUGGGCAAAAGGGGCCCAAAGGUCAGCUCUUGCCUCUCCUCACGUCCCUGCAGGGCUGUGCACAGCGUGCUUGUCCCCUCUGUGGGGACAGCAGAGCGCUGUCCCUGCCUGCACCGCGCACUCUUUGCAGCCCUGUGGCUCCUGGCUGCUGUUGGCAAGGUGACCCAAGUGACCAAACCUACGUGCUGGCCCUUUCCAAUCCUGCCCGUUAUCCUGACUCAAGCCCCUGGUAUGAAUGCAGCAGGGAGGUUCCUGCCAUCCUGGCUGUGUGCACCAUGGGUGUCCCCAGCCCUGCCUGCUGCUCUGGACAAGCCUUUUAUGCUGGCUGGAGAGAUUCAGCACAUGUUGUGCCAAGUUUCCCAGUCUCUGGAAGGAGUCAGGGCUUCCCUGGGGUCACUGCAGUCCCACUGCAUGAUCCUGCCAGUCCCGGUGCUGAGGGCCCAUCCCUUCCACUGCCCAGGUGAGGCUGCUGAGAGCCUCAGGCUGGCACCACCCAGCUGUAGGUUUUGGGCUUGUCUGAGUUAUGUGAGGCCACUCUCACCUCAAGAGUAGCAUAAAAUCUGUUAUAAUCUAAGUUAUAAUCCUGAGUACAACCUGGGCUCAAAAUUUCCAAAAGGAGGCAAUAAAACAAGUAUUUUGACUGUGAAGAACCACAGGACUCCUUUUUUUUUUUUUUUUUUUACCUGUGGGGACUGUAAGCUUCACCCUGUUUUGGGAGUCCUGAGAGCCUCCACUUUUCCUAGUGUUGUUAUUAUUUUAAAAGUGGCUUUGGUGACAGCAGGGCACGAAUGCAGUGGCUUCACUACCUCCUCCACACAAUUCCUUCAAACAGGGUUUCUUCCAGCCUUGCUGAAGAGUGGCUGUAGAACAACCAAGUGUGAGUCCAGCCCUUGUGGCUUGUCUGCUGGAGGGAAGCUGCAAUAUUUUAGGCCACUGGACCUCUAAAUAGCUCUGCUGCCAUAGCAGUGAUUCCUGCACAGAACAAUUCCCUGUCGUUGAGCAUGAAGCUUAGCUCUGCUCCCUGUGUGACGGCCCCAGCAGCUCAGCUCAGGCAUCAGGGAUCUUCCCAUCUGGGGGGGGGUCUGGGAGCGCGGUGGGGGUGCAGCUCCACUGUGGGUUGUGUGGCUUCCUUGCAGGUCAUUAACUCUGUGGAGGAAGGCUACCGCCUGCCUGCCCCCAUGGGCUGCCCCACCACCCUGCAUCAGCUCAUGCUGGACU